UUUGGCAAAGUCAAAUUUAGACAUGGUAACCAUAUAUCGUCAUUCGUAGACUGACAUAAUUGUGUUAAUAACGGAUUGGUUGGAAUUAAAAGGAUAAAAACUGUUGAUAGCCACAACAACAAGAACAAGAAUAUAUUCACAAUUUGUGACGCUAAUCUCAUACUGAAAUACAUGAAAUGGCAAAAAGUUACAUGACACUUAAACAAAAUAUCGAAAGAGAAAACUGGAUUGAAACUUGUUUUGGUUUAGACUUUGUCAGAAAAGCGCUUGUUCCCUUUGUUAUAUCAAAAUUGAAAGAACGGCAUACGCUUGUUCUAAGAAGUGCUGGAACAAAUAAUGCAUGUCAAGGAUGCCACUUAGAUACCUUGCUUUUGAAGCAUAGCAACCCGAGUAAAAAACAAUGCUCAUUAAACAGAAGAAAUUGCCUAUGUACUUCUAAAAGUAGUGGUCGAAAGAGUUGUCCAACAAACUUUUGUUGCUCUAUGUACAAUGCAAUUAUAGACGACCACUUUUAUGGACAACCAGAAUGGAAAAACACCGAAAUGCAACAAUGGGCUGGAGACUAUUGGGCUGUUGGAAAAUGUUACAUCAACAUAAAUAGUUACAAGGAAUGCGGAUCAGCCGAAGAGGUAGACUGCAGCGGUUUGUUACACAUCGUGCUGAACAACAAGUACCUCCGAAGCAUUGUAGAUGGAAGUGGAAGCAUUAACGACUUCAUUACGAUGAGAAACAUCCGAAAUGAAAUUCUGCAUUCACAUGAUAUGAGAGUGGAUGACAAUAGGCGAAUGGACAUACUACAACAUAUGAAAAAUAUAGUUACAUUUUUGAACAGCUUAGACAGUACAUAUGCUUCUGAAUGUGGAUCAUCUCUUCAAAACCUGCAACAGCUCAUGGAUCAUGAUCAUUCGAUCUCAACGCAAGCAGAAGUAAAUAGUCUUCGUCAUAACAUAGAGAUCCUCACGAAUGAAAAUCAGCAUAUCAAACAACAUCUUCUGGAUAAAGCGAUAGAAACACAGAAUAAAAGACUUCAGUAUUUGGUUAAAAAAGAAGAACUAAUAAAAACAAUUGAAGAAGAGUAUUAUCGCUGCUUGACCUCAGUGUCAUUGAUACCAAUGAUAAAGUCGCCAACAAAGAAGGUCGAUGAUGUUUAUGUUGAUCUAGAAAUGUAUGAAGGGAGGGACUCGCUAGAUGACAAAUUUGAACGUGGCUUCAAUAAUAUGGAAAAUGUUCUAUAUGGGAAAGGACAUCGACAUAAACUGAUUUACUUGCUAGGUGAUGCAGGUAUGGGAAAAACCACUUGGUGUAAAAAGGUCAUAAACACUUGGUUGUCUGUUCGUCGAAAAAUUAAAGUCGAGAACGAGGAUGACAAGUCGUGGAGUCCGGACGAAAAAGUAUUACGGCACAUCGACGUACUCCUUCAUGUUUCUUUGAGACAACACAAGGGAAGUAGCAAAGUAUUGGACAUGAUAUUGGGCCAGCCAUUGUUCAAAGAAUACGAAAAACAUGGUGACACAAUUGUGAAUAUACUUAGAGAAGAAGCUGACCGUUGUCUCAUAGUUCUUGAUGGACUGGAUGAAUGGAAUCAUGAAAACGAGGAUAUAUUCCCAGAGCCUGACCAGUUGCACGGUGCCACAGUUAUUGUCACAACGAGGCCUUACAGGAAACUCACGCUUGCCUGUAAAAACGAAUCUAGCAAAAUUGAUAAAAUUGUAAAAAUAAUGGGUGUAGAAAAUGUGCAAGUUCUUGCUGAACGUGUGAUUGAACAGUUGAAAUCAUAUUUCCCAAAACAGGAACAAUGCUCAGAGGAAGACUUUACCUUUCAAGAGUUUCGAAAAAAGGUUGAUGACCUUCCAGAUUUCGAUGUAACCAAAUCUGAAAAAGGCAGUUUCAUGCAGAAUUUUUUGAAAAAUCCGCUCAUGCUUACACUGAUGGUAUGUUUGUGGUACGAUGGGAAUGUUUUGUGCAAUACUGCAACACACGUCAUUGGAUCAAUGAUAGACUGGAUGAUACGAUAUGCUGAAACAUAUUCUGCCUUGUCAAGUAGAGAACAUUCGCGUUUCGAUAUGUCCAAGCUAAAAAGUAACUGGAGAGAAAGCCAAACAUGCUUACCAGAGAGCUUACGAAGCAUGGUUAAUUUUAGAGAUUAUGCUGGACUUAUUGUAAAGCUUUCUCGUCUGGCCGAUAGUACGCUCACUUGCUUCUAA